UAUAUAUUGUCUUCCUCCCGAUCCAUCUCCCUAUAAAACCCUUGAUUUGAAUCCCGUUGGGGACCGAUCUCUCUCUCCCUCGCUCUUUCUCUCCCACUUCGCUCUCCUGCCUCCGGCGACAUCAUCCCCGUGGUAUAAAUUCCUGGGUCCAAGUCCCUUCCUCGGCAGCGAGUAGGGUUCCGACGGUCAAGACUUAGCUCAGGAUCUCGCGAUUGGAGUAUAGUCUAUGGCCACAUUUGAAUUGUACCGAAGGUCCAGUAUUGGUAUGUGCUUGACAGAAACUCUAGAUGAGAUGGUUUCAACUGGAGCCUUGAGCCCAGAGCUUGCUAUUCAAGUUCUUAUGCAGUUUGAUAAGUCCAUGACGGAAGCUUUGGAGACUCAAGUGAAGAGCAAGGUUACUAUUAAGGGUCACCUACACACCUACAGGUUCUGUGAUAAUGUUUGGACGUUCAUCUUGCAAGAUGCAACUUUCAAAAGUGAUGAAUUAAAUGAUCAAGCUAGGAGAGUGAAGAUCGUAGCAUGCGACUCUAAGUUGCUAUCACAGUGAGAGUUCACAUUUUUCUUGUCCUAGGAUCUUCCCUGGGUGGAAAAGUUCUCAUGCUUGUCAAUUGCAACACCUACCCCUCUGCCAAACUUGGUCUCUGGCAAAGUUUAUUUCGUGUAUCUGAACUUGGACAACAUGAGAUGGCAUGCUUAUGUGGAAUUAUUAUCUAUGCUCAAACAAUAAUGUCAACAAACAUUAGUAUUUAGUUCAGUUUGAGGACGUCACAAUGAACAUGAAGUCAGACUUCAUGCA